UCCAAAAUUAAUUUGCAAUGUUAAUGCACGAUUAUGUGACCUAUAUAAUACUUCGUGCGUUGACAACAGGGACGUUAAUGUUGUACUUCGUUAUGCAAUGAUAUAUUUUCCUCCUAAGAAUAUUCAGAUACUAACAGAUCAAGGAUUUUCAUGUGUACGUGUAACAUAUGUUGCAUGGUUAAUGCCUGCACACAAUUGAUCUUGCCGAAAAAGAGAAAACAAGGUAAGUUUCGGAGUUAUACAUAUCCUGUGCAACAUCCUGUGCAGUGGUUAUUUACAAUGGAAAAUACAACAUACAACAAAGGCUGUAAAUUAAUGAACAAUUUGGAGGGCUUUGAGAAGUUGAUUGAGGACACUGUGAGUGGAGGUCUGCAUACUAUGGUGCUGGCCCUGGGUCACAGAGUGGGGAUCGUGGACGCCUUCUACAGACUGGGCAGACCCGCCACAGCCAAGGAAAUCAGCAAGGAGGCCAGCCUCAAUCUCAGAUAUGUUCAGGAAUGGCUCGCGUGUAUGACAGCAAAAGGCAUCGUACAGUAUGAGGACGAGGCCUACAGCCUGCCCGCCUCUGAGCGAGUCCAGAAGGCCGUCCUGACUUCCGCUGUCCUCCCAAUGUUCGCAGACUGUCUGUCCAGCCUUGAGAGCGUGAUGCGGGAUCCGGAUCACAACAGAGGUUAUCCUUUCCCUAAAAAAGACUUAGAAUGGCUCGGGAAAUUUAACGAAGUGAGUGCCUUUAACCCUGAAUGGAUAACACGGAAUUUGGAGCCUGUGUUUGAACAUUUUCACACGGAAACACAAGAAAAUAUUGAAAACAUAUUGGACUUCGGCUGCGGCUACGGAAAACUGUGUCAACAACUGGCGCUCAGCCAACCUGACUGUGACGUCACUGGAGUGGAUAUAGACGAAGUCUCGGUCAAACACUGUCAGCAGACAUAUUGUUAUCCCAACCUUCGCUUCCUUCGAAAUGCAGACUUGUUUUAUUCCAACCUGAAAAAAAAUUUCGAUGUGAUAAUUCUAAUGGAAGUGUUGCAUGACCUGCCCGAUCCCAGUCAUGUCUUAUCUGAAUUAAAAUCAGUCUUAAAACCUAACGGAUAUAUUGUAGCUUUUGAGCCCAACAUAUCGUCCGAUGUUUCUGCUAACAUAGGGAGCGAGGCUGCGCAGUCUCACUUGCCAUACAGUGUGUUCUUCUGUUUGCCUAACAGCAUGUCCCAGAGCCCGGCAGUGGGGCACGGAGCGGGCUGGGGGGUGGAGGAUCGCAGACAGUUCAUUGUAAACGAUGGAUAUUCUAUUGUUAAUGUUGACAGUCAUUUACUUGACAACGAGUACGACAGAAUCGUCUUUAAAAUGUCGACAACAUGACCAGAAUGUUAAAUUAUUCACAUUCUCUCUUGGCCGAUUUUUUGCUCAUACACACACACCAAACUGGUUGGAAUAUAGAAAAGAAAAAUAUUCCGAAAUAUUUACAAUAUUUUACAAUUCUAAUUUAUGGUAAUUGACAUACUAAAAAAACAUGGAUUUAUAGUGGAAUGUUACAACGUACUUUUAAAGAUUAUGCACUUUAAAAAUUUUAUGAUCUUGUAGAAUAGCAGUGCAAUAAAAGUACCCUAAUGCUUAUUUUUGUAGUUGAAAAUAUUUUAAUAUGUAUGUAUUGUACAAUGCUACUCUCUUAUUUUACAUUGUAUGGAAAGUGGUAAUCGAAAAUGUGGUUGAUUUGGAUCACUGGCUAUAUUGAUUAAAGUACUCUAUAAUGUAUGCUUGAAAAUGCAGAACCUCAAAGGGGUUUAGGAAGGUUAAAGAUUUUCAGAGAAGUUAUAUAGUGUUGAGUUAUUGUGAAAAAUCUUGUCACUUAAUUUUCCUGAGAAGCAUAAAUAAACUUCAAUGAUUUG